AUGGCGUCUGAAGAAACACCAGUUGAAGGAGAGUCUGGUAGCUCGCUUCUUUUGAAUCAACCUGUCGUUAUUGACAAUGGUACCUCUUCGUUGAAGGCAGGUUUUGCAGGAAGCUCCAAACCAAAAGUGGUCAUUGGCACCAAAGUUGGCAGGACAAAGCACAUGAGAAUCAUGCCUGGCGGUGCUUUGGAAACAGAGCAAAGUCUGUCUGGACCAUCAUCUAUUUUCGUAGGGAAAAAACUAGACGAGCAUCGCGGAUCUUUCUUCCUUGAGUAUCCCAUGGAUAAGGGCGCUGUUGUUGACGGCGGUUGGGACGCGAUGGAGAGCAUAUGGGAGCAUCUCUAUUCGAAACCAAAUCUGAAUGUUAGAAUGGAGGACCACCCAGCACUGCUCACAGAAGCCCCACUCAACCCUCGUCAAAAUCGUGACAAGGUCGCUGAGAUUUUCUUCGAAACAUUCCGAGCGCCAGCUUUAUUUUUUGCUCCUCCUUCUGUCUUGAGUUUAUACGCUUCGGGAAGAACCACGGGGGUUGUUUUGGAUGUCGGAGAGGGAGUCACUCACGCUGUCCCAGUUUAUGAAGGUUUUGCACUUCCACAUUCGGUUACUCGAAGUGAUGUGGCAGGGCGUGAUGUCACUCGACAGAUGCAGUUGCUUCUUCGUAGGUCUGGGCUAUCGUUCACGACCACAGCUGAGCUGGAUCUUGUGAAAAGAAUGAAGGAAGAAACAUGUUAUUUGACGCGCACAGCUAUGGCUGACGAUUCGGCCGAGAAAGAUUCAAAAACGCAAUACACUUUGCCAGAUGGACAGACUGUCAAUCUGUCCACCGAGCGCUUCCAAGCUCCUAAUGUUUUGUUUGAUCCCUCUUUGUUUGGAUCAGAGGAGCCAGGUGCUGCUGAUAUCUUGGUGAAUUCAAUUAUGAAGAGCGAUAUUGAUCUGAGAUCAACUCUCUUUUCUCAGGUGGUCUUGGCCGGUGGAUCGACACUGUGCCCAGGAUUUGGAGACCGGAUGUUGCAUGAAGUCCGUUCGCGAUCCCCAGCGCACACAAAAAUAAGAAUCUCAGCACCCCCAGAGCGUAUGAACUCCACUUUUGUGGGAGGAUCCAUUCUGGCCAGUCUUGCCACCUUCAAAUCUAUGUGGGUGUCACGGGCAGAAUUUGAAGAGCACGGAAGUGCAAUCUUGCAUCGCGACAAGCUGUGA